AUGACGAUGAAGAGGAAGAGCAACGAAACUUCGCUACAAUUUGAGUUCUGCGACGUCUGUAGAUUAAACCAUAACCAGGGUCGCCGCCACAAUUACUUCCCUACUCACAAAACUUCGCUUGCCACGCUCCUUACGCGCUUCCAGUCCAAGCUCACCCAUGUCAAAUCCUUCCUCAAAACCCCGACGCCUAUCCGCCCCGACCUCGCGCACCAAAACCGCCUCUGGUGCAUCUUCUGCAAUUGCAACAUUCCCGAGCUCGAUAACCCAUUCUCUUGUGGCAAUGCGAUCCAACAUUUAGCAAGCGUAGAGCACUGGAAGAGACUUAAGAGUUUUAUGUGGAAGUAUGGAGGCGGGAUGGAUCGAGUUGAUUUGUUUCGUAUUUGUGAGGCGGAUUAUGCCAAGUGGGAGAAAAAAUGCAGAACAUUGAAGACUGAAGCUGCAAAAGCAGAAUCCAUUGGACCAGUUGCCGGACCUCCGAAAAAUAUCCAUAAUGAACUGCAUGCUGACUCUGUUAAUAGUUUACAAAAAGUUGAUAUUGAUUCUUGUGAUUUUUUCAUUUCAAAUGGUGUUGUACCUUUACAUAGCUAUACGAAUGAGAGGACUCAGACACUCUGUUCAGUGUCAUCCAUUCCAGAUGUUGGUCCUUCUUCACGUACUAUACCUGGAAGUAUGCAAAGGCAACAUGCACAGAACUCAAAAGAGAACAUGGAUAAUACACAUUGCUCCACUUAUCAUGCUAGGGAGUGCUCAUCGUAUGGUGAUCUCUGUGAUGGAGCUGUCAACUCAGGAGUAAGAGCAGCUAAUGGAGAGAACACAUCUUCUGAUCGGAUGAACUUGACGCGGAUUUCUUCUACAUCCAAAGAAGGCUUGGAAGAAAAUGUUCACAGUGGAGCACCUCCACCUUGGUUUGAUGCAACCAAUGGUAAUCAGCUAAAUGAUGUGCUGAAAACAGGAGAGAAAAAUCUUUUUUCCCAUAAAGAUAGGAAAUCCACAAAAUUGAACCCGAAACGUAUUGGAGCUGCUUGGGCGGAAAGAAGAAAAGUCGAGUUAGAGUUGGAAAAGAGAGGCGAGCUUGUUAAAUACAGUUAUGAUGCCAAUUGGCUUCCUAAUUUUGGUCGAGUUUGGCAGUCCGGCCCAAGGAAAGAAUCUAGAAAAGAGUUCCAGAUGGAAAGUAAAGCAUCCCCAAAAACGGACGAACCAACAGAGACGGUUGUGACAUUACAGCCUUACAUUGGGAAACGGAAGCUUAGGGAGACAAGAGUUUGA